CCCUGCGGGGUUAAAAUGGACCGGCUUCCCCCUGUUCUCCACUCAUUCUCCCCCAGCCUGAGCAGAAGGGACCUGAACUUCAGCAGCACCAUGACCAGCUUCUCCAGCCGCAGCUUUGUCUCAUCCGCCGGGUCCAUGAGGGCCAGUCCCCUGCUCUCUGCCUCCAGCGGAGCCCGUCUGGGCAGCAUGAGGUCUGGCAGCGUCUACGGUGGAGCCGGAGGAUCUGGGGUUCGCAUCUCCACAGCCAGCAGCAGUGCAAGCGGCUUCAACCUGGCUGAUGCCGUUGAUGUGUCCGCCAACGAGAAGGCCACCAUGCAGAACCUCAACGACCGCCUGGCCACCUACCUGGAGAAGGUGCGCUCUCUGGAGAAGGCCAACGCUGACCUGGAGCUGAAGAUCCGCCAGUUCCUGGACAGCAAGGCUUCCCCCAAGGCUCAUGACUACUCUGCCUACCAGGUCACCAUCAGUGACCUCCAGGCCAAGAUCCAGCAUGCCAUCACAGUGAACGGUGGAAUCUACCUCAGCAUUGAUAAUGCCAAGCUGGCAGCAGAUGACUUCAGAGUCAAGUACGAGAACGAGCUUGCCAUGAGACAGUCUGUUGAAGCUGACAUUGCUGGUCUGAGGAAGGUUCUGGAUGAGUUGACCUUGGCCAGGUCUGACCUGGAGAUGCAGGUUGAGGGAUUGAGAGAUGAGCUGAUCUACCUGAAGAAGAACCACGAGGAGGAGCUCUUGCUGGCACGCUCUCAGAUGGGUGGGCAGGUGAAUGUGGAGGUAGACGCAGCACCACAGGAAGACCUCACCGCUGUCCUGGCUGGAAUCCGUGAACACUAUGAAACUGUGGCCUCCAAGAACCGCAAAGACAUCGAGGCCUGGUUCCAGACAAAGACUGAAGCUCUGAACAAAGAAGUCGCCAUCAGCACAGAAACUCUCCAGACGUCCAGAUCUGAAAUCACAGAAGUCAAGCGCACACUACAGAGUCUAGAAAUCGAGCUGCAGUCUCAGCUCAGUAUGAAAGCAUCGCUUGAGGCCACCCUCGCCGAGACACAGAACCGCUACGCUAGAAUGCUCUCUGGCUACCAGGUACAGGUAACCAGCCUGGAAGAGCAGCUGGUGCAGCUUCGUGCUGAUUUGGAGCGCCAGGGUCGCGAGUACCAGAUGCUGCUGGACAUCAAGACCAGACUGGAGCUGGAGAUCGCUGAGUACAGAAGACUUCUGGAUGGCGAGGCUACCACUACUACUACCAGCUCUUCAUCAUCAACCACUCGCAAGGUGGUGAUUGUCACAGAAGAGGUGGUGGAUGGAAAAGUGGUCAGUUCAUCUUCCUCCACAACCAGUGAGACUAAAUCAUCCAAGUGAGGAUCCUCUAAACUCCAACUGAAAUAAAGACCUCAAGCCCUAUGAACUCAAUCCUCAGUGCUCAUAGAGAUCAAUGAAAUAAAGAGGUUAAAUGAUAAA